AUGAAGUUUUCUCACUCAUUGAAAUAUAAUGCAGUUCCCGAUUGGCAGGACUACUAUUUGAAUUAUGCACAGUUGAAAAGACUAAUUUACUCUCUUCAGUCCGAGGAGCAGCGGUUUUACAAUGGAGUUUCGACAGAGGCGUCAGAUGCCAGUGCUGUGGGCAGCAGCAAGAGGUUUUUGAAGAUGUUUAGGCGGCCUGCGAAGAAGGAGGAGCCCAUGUACGAGAUGGAAGAUGUUCUAGAGGAGGUUGUUGACUACACUGACUGCAAAAGCCCAAAGAGAGGAAAGAAUGACUCGGACAGGAGGUCGACUACAUCAUCAGAAGCAGGGGUCAAUGCCCAGGAAGUUUUUCUAGGUAGGCUAAAAGAGGAAAAGGAAAAGAUCGAUGAGUUCUAUAAGCGUCUAGAAACUCAACUUUACAAGCAGUUUGAUGCUUUGGUCAAGGAUUUAGAAAGUGCCGGUGCCAACAAGGUAGGGGGGCGCAGUUACCAAGAAACAUGCGAUGCACAAUCCCAAUCCGGUGCUGCGGAGCACUUGCAUCAUGACGAUCGUUUGAUAACAGAUACUUUAAGACGUUUGUCUCAUCACCCAGAUGAUGAUGACGACGAAGAUGACGACGACGAAGAAGAAAGGGAAUUGAAUGAUUUUAAUGAUAGUUCUCCCCAUACCGCUUUGCUAAAUUACUCGGACUUUACAAUUAAGUCUCAAAAACGGUCUAUUUUGAAGAAAAACAUAAUAGAUCUGUAUGUGGAGCUGUCGCAAUUAAGGUCUUUUAUUGAAUUGAAUCGUAUUGGAUUUUUCAAAAUCACUAAAAAGUUCGACAAGACGUUGAUGUGCAAUGUCCGUCCAGAACUAAUAGAAUCGGGUAAAUUCUUUAAGGAUGCAUAUGCUUUUCAACAGCAAACGUUGUUGAACUUGGAUACUAAGAUAAGUCACUUGGUACAGUUUUAUGCUAUAAUCACAGACUCCAGCAAUACCGAGAGGUCUAGGAAGGAGUUAAGGUCUUACUUGCGGGAUUAUAUUGUUUGGGAAAGGAAUACGGUAUGGAAAGAUAUGUUAGGUUUGGAAUCCUAUACCAACAACAUCAGCACUGCAGGUAAACAGGACGGGGACCUUGAUAAAAUAAAUAACUUGGAGUACUUUUCAUAUGAUCUACCAUGGCCUAUACGAUUUGCUGGCGUAUCGAUUAAAAAAUUGAGCAUUCCUAAGUUGUUUUUUACACUAAAAGCACUUAAGAUUUACAUAGUAAUUGCUCUGACUAUUGUAUUAUUGACGGUUCCUACUCUGAACGAUCAUGCACAGAGACGCUGUCUUGCAUUGGUUGCUUGUGUAGCUUUACUGUGGGCCACUGAAGCGUUGCCCUUGUUUGUCACUUCCAUGCUUGUUCCUCUUUUGGUUGUUAUCUUCCGCGUCUUGAAAGAUGAUAACGGUGAUGUCCUAGUUGCUACUGCUGCAUCUUCCCGGAUUUUAUCACUUAUGUGGUCAUCUACUAUUAUGGUUUUACUAGCGGGUUUUACUUUAGCAGCAUCGCUGUCAAAAUACAACAUUGCUAGGGUCUUGGCAUCAUACUUGUUGACAUUUGCAGGCACUAAACCAAGGAACGUAUUGCUGGUUGUGAUGGUUGUCGUUUUUUUCCUUUCUAUGUGGAUUUCGAACGUUGCAGCUCCAGUUUUGACAUAUUCUUUAAUUCAUAACGUGUUGCGCUCUCUGAGUAGCGAAAUGGCUUUUGCAAAAGCAUUGGUCUUAGGUGUUGCUUUGGCUGCCAAUGUUGGCGGUAUGGCAUCGCCAAUUUCUUCUCCUCAGAACGUUAUUUCUAUGGAUUACUUGAAAAAGUUCAACAUUGGUUGGGGUCAAUUCUUUGCUGUAUCGAUUCCCGUCUGCAUCAUUUCUCUUCUAAUGAUUUGGUUGUUAUUGGUAUUAACUUUUAAGAUCAACACGACAACUCUAAAAGCCUAUUCCCCAAUAAAGGAAAAUUUCACUUUGAAGCAGUAUUUCAUCAUCAUUGUCACGCUUACAACAAUUGCGUUGUGGUGUGUACUAUCACAGAUUGAAUCAACAUUUGGCUCAUCAGGCCAAAUAGCCGUAAUUCCUAUUGUGCUCCUAUUUGGUACCGGCUUAUUAACUACACAAGACAUUAACAAUUUCCCUUGGUCCAUUGUCAUUUUGGCAAUGGGUGGUAUCGCCUUGGGUGGUGCUGUCUCCUCUUCGGGCUUAUUGGCAACCAUUGCAAGAAGUUUGCAAGAAAGAGUCAUGCAUUAUUCCAUUUACGCCAUUUUGGUUAUUUUCGGUGCAGUAAUGUUGGUUGUUGGAACCUUUGUUUCCCAUACAGUCUCAGCAAUUAUCAUCAUACCUUUAGUUAACGAGAUUGGAGAGAACUUGAACUCUCCAAAUGCUGCUCCCAUUUUGGUUUUCGGUUGUGCAUUAGUAGCCUCAUGCGGUAUGGGCUUGGCAUCUUCUGGUUUCCCUAACGUAACUGCAAUCUCUAUGGUUGACGAGGUCGGUAGCCGUUACUUGACGGUUAAUACCUUCAUUACUAGAGGAGUUCCAGCUUCUAUUCUCGCGUACAUUACAGUCAUCACGCUUGGAUAUGGUAUCAUGCACGGUGUUAUACAUUCUUAA